UGGUGUGGGCCAGGCAGCUCUGAGUCCUGCAGAGACCUACGCUGUCUCUCCCAGCCCCCUUACCAGGCUGAUAGUGGUGGUAGAAGUGGAGUUCCAGAGGGGACCAGGUAAGAAGCCUUGACAUUCACACUGAAAGAGAGGACAGUCAGGAGAGUGUUUGGGGAUAGGCAGGCUUCAACCGGCGCAGGUCGGGGAACCAAGGUACAUGUUGAAGGCAGGAUGUGGGAAUCCUGGAGCUCAGCAUCCCUCAUGAGAGUUGAUAUGAAGCCCACCUUUCUCAGACCCUGAGGAAAUCCAGAGCCCUUUAGUUCUUCUGGAGGAGCCCAAGAGCCUUCGCCUCCUUCCUCCGAGGACUCUGGAGAGUCAGGUAAAUGGGGCAGGGUGCAGAUGGGGGAGGGAAAGACAUUGCUGACCCCAGCUCUGCCCACAGGAACAACGCUUCACCUUUGACAGAGUCCUGGGCCCUGAUGCUGCUCAGGUAGGGUGGUCUGAGAGGGUAAUGGGAGGAAGAUGGAGUCCUCAGAUCCUUGAAUCCUGGGAUGCUGACUGAUCUCCAGUCCCUGUGCUCAAGGCAGGCUGGGACAGGGCACUUUAGAUGGGAGAGUGUAUCUGUGUGUCCCUGCAGGAGGCUGAGCAGGAGCUGCUGUCAGGAGUCCAGUCCACACUGGCUUCAGUGGGCAGAGGGUACAGUGUAGCCCUGAUUCUCCGGGGUCGGGAAACAGAGGCACCCCGACUAGUGCCCCAGCUGCUGCAGGUGCUGUUUGAGGAAGCUCUGCUCCUGGGAUACUCUGACUGCACACUUAGUACCCUUAGCCUUGUGCAGAUCAGCACCAGCGGGAAGACCCGGGACCUGCUUUCUCCAGGGCUGGAGGACCUGUCGGUGCUGGAGGUGGCCCCUCUGGGCUUGGUGGUGGAAGGUGCCAGGGAGGUGGAGGUGUCUGACUCGAGAGCUGCCUCAGAGCUGUACUUGCAGGCUACAGGAGGUGAAGGCAGGACUUGCUCUCUGCUCACGCUCACCAUUUCCUGUCCUGGGCCUGAUCCUCCUGAGGGGCCUGGGACCCAGGGUGUGUGGCGAGGUGCUUUGCGGAUCUUGCAGCUCCCAGGAGCCCUAGAUUGCCCCCUGCUGCAGGUAUUGGCUGGUGAGGUUGUUGGUGAGGAGAUGGAGGGCUCUCUACCUUGGAUUGUCUCACAGCUCCUAGAAGGAAACAACUAUGGUGGCCUACUCCUUCGCCUGGACCCCCAAGGUAGCUCCCUGAGUUUGCUUCAGGCUGCUCUGCUGGGGGCCUCACAAAGAAGGCUACAAGUGAAACAGGUGAGGCCCAUCCUUUGGAAUGCAGUAGAAGAGGCCCGGGCCCGCAGAGCUGGCCUGAAGACUCUGCGUUUAGGUCUCCUUGGAAACUCCUUGACAGAUGGUGGGCUUAGCCAUCUGGGCAGGGCACUCCGGGAGCUACAGGUGAUAAAAGCCUGGAGCCAGUACCCAAGAAACCCAGUACCCAAAGGGGCCAGAGCUGAGGUAGAGGAGCUCCCAGAGCCACAGGUCCAAAGCAAACCAUCGAAGUACUGCAAGCAAGGAAGACAACAUUGCUUCCACUUGUCAGGAGAGGAAACUAAGGCUCAGAGAUUGGCAGGAAGAAGAGCACCUCUAGGGCCUGAGCUCCACCAAAAGCAUUCUCACAGGAACCCUGAGGAACAGGUCCCAGAUGUGCCCCUGCAGUUCCUCCUAGCCCAGGCACAGAGACAAAGGCUGCAAGAGCAGCACCAAAUUUGGAUCCAAGAGGAGCUAAAGCGUUUGGGACAGGAGGAGGUGGCAGGUGAACAGGUCAAAGGCCCAGCAGCCAAGGAGGAAGUGAAAAGAUUCUGUGAAGAGAGACAGAGAUGGCUCCAGGAGCAGACAGUACUGAGGCUCCAGGUGGAGGCCCUGCAGGCAGAGCGGGACACUGCAGAGAAGGACCUGGCAGCCCUCUAUGACCUGCACGUGCAGGCCACCCGCGCUCGGACAUGCCACAUGCUACAGGUAUUCCGAGCCUGGCAGGGGCUGUGGGAGGAGGAGGCCACAACCACAGAGCACCAUCUUCGCAGCCUCCUGGCUGGUGUCCUACAAGAUGCCAUUGAUCUGGCCUCGAAGAACCAGGACCUCCAAGCCCAGAAUCAGAAGCUUCAGCAUCAGAAGUGUGCAAGCCAGUCUGGGACAGUCACACUGGAUCCCUGCCCUGGAGAGAAACCUGAUCAGGAACCCUUCAAGGGCAGUUGCCUUUCUCCUCAUUCUUGGGAGUCCUAGAAGGGUGGAGGGUGGGACAUGACAAUGAAGUAGAAUAAAUUAAAAUAAAUUCCACUAAUAGCCACAUCUUACUGUGCUGGUUCCUAAGC